AAAAGAAACAACUGAAGUUAGAGCUUGAUCAAAAACCGGCCGAGGAAAAAGUGACGAGGCUAAAGAAACGAAACGCAGAGCUCGCUACCAUAGCCAGACAACUUGAGGAGAAAGCAAAAGCCUUACAACAUCAAAACAUGCGAGUGAAACUUAAGGACGGUACUAGUGGGGGUGCACAGGAUAUUGACCAUUACAAGAAAGUAUUUGCAAGACAGAGAGCUAAAGACUUGGCAGAUAAUGCCCAGAAGAUUCUUGCCAAAGAUAAAGAGGUCAAUCAGUUGAGGAAAGAACUGGAGAAACUUAAACACAAACAACUAGAUCCAUCCUUAGAGAAUAGUAAUUUAUUCGGCGAAAAAGAUGAACUGCAGCGAAUUGUUAAAGAGAAUGCCAAAGAACAACUCAGACUUCAAAGACAGAUAUCUACAAGUAUUGGGGAUAGGCGCUCGGCCGAUUUGAACUCGGUUACACUUCAGGAAUACCGGGCGUUGGAAGAGACUAAUCAAGUACUUCAAGAGCAACUCAGGAAUUUAAAAUUAGAUAAAGAAGAAAAAGAAAAACUAGAAGUAGACCUUGCGUCCAAGAGGAUAGAAUGUAACAAUUUACAAGCAGAGUCUGAGAGAAGACAGCAGCAGUGUUCUGAAUUUGCUACCGAGUUACAGAAUGCUAUACAACAGAACACUGUUCUAACUCGAAAAAACACUGAACUACAGCAAGAAAUUUCGCAUUUAGAUAAAAUAAAUGAAGAUCGCAGACGUUUACAAGAACAAGUGAUAGAGAUUGAAGUCAAAAAUCAGACUUUAUCUAACGACCGCGAUAACCUGAAAGAUACAGUCGACAAACUGGAGGCAGCCAUCAAGCAUAUGCAAGACGCCGCUGAGAAGCGGAAACAACUUGAGGCUGAGUACCAGGAAGCUCGGAAUAGUCUUCAGUCCAAGCAGGACGAAAUCCGGCAGCUACAACAGGAGCAGGAAGCGGCAAAGAAGACACACAGACAUGCUGUAGAUCAGCUGGAACACAAAGUGCAGGAACUCGAACGCAAAUGUGGCGAACAAACAGAAACAUUUAGCAAGCUUUCUCAGGAGCUGAGCUCUUUGAGACAUGAUGCCACUAGCCGGAGAGCUGGCUCUCCCAAAGUGGAAAUUGCGAUCCAGACAUCCCCAGAAAGCCUCUCAGAUGAAGGGUUUGGUGACAAUGGUAGCAUGACGCCACGGAAACAAGACGAGAAACGGAAAGCUAGUUCUGUGUCUGCUUCGUUGGCUGCUGAAGGGGUACUAGAUGACGUUUCUAGAGAUGAUUCUGCGUCUGUCCGAUCACAUCGUAGUGCCAAAGAUGACAGCCGAUCAUCAAAGUCAAAACCAACAAAGGAACUAGAAAAUGGAAAGGCGGAUGAUAGUGGGAGCGAAGCCGAUGACAUAAUCGAAGAGAUUAGCGAAAAGAUUGACAUGAACGUUCUCAGGCAUACUGUUAUUCCUAAACGUGAAAAAUUAGCCGUUUUUAUCGCCCGAUAUAGUUAUGAUCCAUUACUAUACUCUCCAAAUGAAAACCCUGAAGCGGAAUUGGCUCUCAAUGCUGGUGAAUACAUCUAUGUGUAUGGAGAUAUGGAUGAGGAUGGAUUUUAUGAAGGAGAGCUGAUGGACGGAAGAAGAGGUUUGGUGCCUUCAAAUUUUAUUGAGCGAGUUGCAGAUGAAGAUGAUGUUACAAUGAUCACAGAAGAUGAAGACAUGCCAGAAUUCCUGCAGGACACAGAUGGAGAAGGUGAUAAUCUUGAUCUUGAAAUUGACAGCAGUGAUGAAGAUGAUGCACUUUUACUACAGAAACACACUUUUACAAAUGAAUUCCAACAGCCACAUUAUCGCCGUGCUGGUGACCACACCGUCAGCGAUUUAGAAGACAUUCCGGAGGUAGAGGAGGAUAAUUUAUCGCUCUCGGACAGUAAACAUUCCUGCCUCGUAAACACUGAUAGUUUAACAUCCAUUAGUGAAAUCGACGACUUUUCAUCCGGAGAAAUACCUGCACCUAAGAAAUUAGAACUCGAACGUCAGAUGUCUGAUAGUAUUAUAUUACAGUGGAUCGCUCCUGAUACGAUCGCAUUAAAAGACAUCAAGGAGUUUCGUGUGUUUGUAGAUAGUCAGCUAAAAGCAUCCAUAAGAGGGGAUGCCAAAACAAGGGCUUUAAUAGACCGGGUUAACCCCAGUGAGUCCCACCGAAUAUCAGUUAGAACAGUCACGCACAGAGGCCAAUCGCACGACGCAGCAUGUACAAUUACGAUCGGGAAAGAAUCGACAGCGGCUCCAAGCAAUCUAAAAGCAGCCAAUGUAGCUCCCACAUCAGCUGAGAUUAUGUGGUUGCCUGGCAACAGUAACCUAGCACAUGUGAUCUCAGUCAAUAAUCUUGAAGUGAGAACAGUCAAACCUGGCAUUUACAAAUAUGUUCUUACUGGUCUGUCGCCAUCAUCGGUAUAUCGAGUGAACGUUAGAGCAAAGGGUAGAAAAUUGUCAUGGGACGAUAAUCGGAAUAAGAGAGGAAUAUCAACAGAAAUAGAGUUUAAAACGAUUCCAGGUGGCCUUCCUGAUCCACCCUUAGAUGUACAAGUAGAAGAUGGUCCUUACAGUGGGUCAUUAUUAGUCACAUGGUUGCCAGUGACUAUUACAAUAUCAGGUACUUCCAAUGGUGCUAUGGUAACAGGAUACGCUGUCUAUGUAGAUGAGCAGGAAUUAGGAAUCACAGACUCGCCAACAGCUGAUCGAUUGGUAGUUAACACCAGUAAAAUCAAGAGUACACCAUUCCGGUAUCUCACUGUCCGAACACUUUCAAGUAAUGGGCCGUCGGCAGAUUCACGUGGUCUGCGUAUUCCAAAAGAAAUGGUUCGAGUGAAGAAGCCAGAAACACUACCUGAUGGCUCCAGACCUGGUGGAGGGAUGUAUGAGAAUGUGUCACCCGAUGACUCAACAAGCACGCUAUCCGAAGAAAUUGUAGAAACUUUUAGAAAAGACAGCAUGUCUCCAGUUAGUGCCAAUCUAGAGGAUAGACUAGAUCAAGUACCAAUAGACGAUAUAGCUCUCAUAAAGAAACCUGAAAUCCGUCCUAGUUUCCGUGAAGAAUUACAUUCUGAGGAUAGCAGUGAUCGUUCUGAGCUUUCUGAUAUAGCAGAAGAAGUUGAAGAGGAGUUGACGGACACUGACGACAUGGCAGCAAAUAAUAAUAAUGAGUUCAAAGGCAUGCAGCCGAAAAAUGUCAAGAGUAAUCAUGAAUUAGAAUUUGACACUGAUCCUGAAAUGGAGCAGUUUAGUCGUGAAGAUUUAACAGUGCCUAUACCUGUCAUUAGACAACAAACUGACUAUGAUCGGGAGACUGAACAGUCACCAGACCACCAUGUGCAGGAACCAGUACCUCUUAAACCGAAACCUAUCACUGUACCACAAAUAGGUGUUGCAGAGAUUACAAAAGACAGUAACAGCGAGGGUCUAGGAACCGGAUCAACUAUAUCUGACCAUUACGGGUCUGAUCAAGAAUUUGACAGUCAUGGACAACAAAGGUACUCUCCAGGCAAAGAAAAAAAUUACCGCCAAGAUCAGUACAAUAACAGAUAUGAACGUUACCAAGAAAGAAAGGAGACGUACGGGAGCCCUGUGGAACAAGAACGGCGGAAUCACAACUACAGGGAUUCUCUAUCGCCAAACGACAUAGAAGGUGAAAGUACAGGAAGUGAACCACCAGAGGAAUUAUACGAUGAUAGCACUGUCAGAUACUUUGUGGCAUUGUUUACUUACGACCCUUCUAUCAUGUCGCCUAACGAGGACGCUAUUGAUGAAGAAUUACCUUUUACUGAAGGACAGUUGAUUAAGGUUUACGGAGAUAAAGACUCUGAUGGGUUCUUCCAUGGCGAGGCCAAUGGUAGAACAGGUUUUGUACCUUGUAACAUGGUCGUGGAGGCACAGUUGGAUGAAAAGUCUGCAGAAGAACGAUUUGUGAGGGAAUCACUGGGUAACUCUCCAAGAAGUAGAUCUCCCAGAAGUGCAACAAUCAGCCCAAGUAGCUCCAAUAGUGUAUCUUACAGCCCGAGGGGGGAAGUCCAGAAGUCGGCCAAUGGGAAAGCACAUAUACCCGUUGAAGGACCGAUACACUUGAGAAAGAUGGUGGCGCUGUUCGACUAUGAUCCCAGGCAGGCAUCUCCUAAUGUAGAUUCUGACGUAGAGUUGGCGUUUAAAACCGGAGAUAUUAUCUUGGUGGAUGGCGAGAUGGACGAUGAUGGCUUCUUUCUAGCUGAAAUUCGUGGGGAGAGAGGAUUAGUCCCAUCUAAUUUUCUGGAGGAAGUACCCUUAACACCGUCACCAGUGCCAAGCCCUACACCGUCUAGAAAUUCAAAUGACAAAACAUCCGCAAUGAGUAAUAAGAAUUCGAGUACCACCAAAAGCCUUGACAAGGAGAAGGCCAAGGCCACAGACAUUGAAUCCAGCAAACCGGUAGCAAACAACACCAAUACCAUCGACAAGAAAAAAAAUAAAGGCAUCUUCUCCAAGGGGAAAGCACUGUUCAAGAAGUUUGGCACAAGUGACAAUGCUACUGGCAAGUCGAAAAGAUAAAAUACCUUCUGGUGUGUUGUUAGUUGAUGCCAGGUGUGCCAAUAACAAAUAUCUUACAGUUUUUUGGCAACUCAGCUACGGAAUCUCGGGAAUAAACGAUGGAUUGCUUAUAAUGGAGUCUGGUAAUGACAUUGAUGUCUGUGUCAUUAUUAGCGUCAAGUGCUUAACCCGACACAUCAACCAACUUUAUAUAAUGAUAAUACCGAUGUUUUAAAUAUCAGCCUUCUUUGAUUGUCUGUAUAUCCCAUAUCUACAUUGUCAUGGUUACCAACCAAGACUAUGAUUGGUUGAAAAUUUAUACAUGCUUUGCAUAAUGUAAAGUCAAAAUUAAAAUCCUAUUUUUUAUUCCUAACAAAUUUACAUAGAGCAGUAAUAUGCAAUGCAUUUUAGUUAAAAACUGUUUUACUCUAAACAAUAUUGGACAAGUCCAUUUAAACAAAUAGGGUGGAACCUGCCCUAGUAAAUGAGGGGUAUUCGGUACAUGGUAUUUUCUGUACAGGUGCUAUCUUACAAUUGUUGAUCAUUCGAUAUUUACCAUGUUACUUGACCACCUAGGUAGCCGACAUAAUUCUGUUAUACGGCUAACGUGAUCCCCUAGCCAGAUGAACAUUUAUGCAUCAAUGUUUGGACAUAUUGUCUUGGAAUAUUGAGUCUUUUUUAUUAUAACCUAAGGGGGGAUUUGGUAAUUAAAUUUCAGCCUAGGGAGCCUUCAUAUGACCUUUUCCAGAUUUAACAGUAUUACCAACCCGCUAGGUUUUGUGUGUGUUUGUUUGGUUUUUAAUCUCUCCAUCUAGUCUUCCAUUUUUGGUUUAUGGUGUUUUUUUAAAUAUGAAUAUUUCAACCAUUGCCUUAUCACAGAUUAUUAGAAGUAGUGAAUAUAGGCGCCCUUUGUUAUCAAAUUUUACCA